AUUCACUCAGCGCAUAGCUCAAAGUGAGCUAGCAACUUCCUCCAUCAUGCAUGUUUUCUCCACUUUGGCUGGCCUGACAGCCGUUGCGCCACUCGCAGCGUUCGCCAGUCCUCUGGCACGAUCCUCCACCUCGCAGCUUCCAGUGAUCAACACCACUUUGGGUCAACUGCAGGGAGAGUACUCCCCUUUCCGUGGCGGUGAUGCGGCUGUGGUUUACAAAGGCAUUCCUUUUGCUGCUCCUCCCACUGGGGACAACCGCUGGAAGGCUCCUCAAUCGCCCCAAUCGUGGGAUGGUGUUCUCAAUGCGACUGAGUUUGGCCCUCAAUGUGCCCAGACUUACAGUACUGCGGGUAUCUUCAGCAGUGGCAAGACGACUAUGAGUGAGGACUGUCUGUACCUGAACAUCUGGACUCCCAACUACAACGAUACCUCGGACAUCACCUCCAAGAAUCUCCCCGUCUACUUCUGGAUCUACGGUGGUCGGUUCGAGGGAGGAUCGGGAGACGUGCUGACCUACGAUGGCACCGGUCUUGCCAUCAAGGAUAUUAUUGUCGUGACCAUCAACUACCGUCUGGGUCCCUUUGGAUAUUUGGCUCACCCCGAACUGUCGGCUGAGUCCGGCCACAACAGCUCCGGUAACUACGGUAUCCUUGAUCAGCAGGCUGCGCUGCGCUGGGUUCAUGAGAACAUCGCCAACUUCGGCGGCAAUGCCAGCCAGAUCACCGUGGGCGGGCAAUCUGCCGGCUCUGCCAGCGCCCUCGACUCCAUGUGGAGCCCCUUGAACAAGGGCCUGGUAGCGGGUGUCAUCGCCGAAAGUGGUGCGCGUGGUCCCCACGACCCGAUGACCGGCAGUGCUGCCACCAGCUACCGUACCAAGGCUGCUGCUGAAGCCCAGGGUGUCGAGUUCCUGAAGGAACUGAACAUUUCCAGCCUUGCUGAGGCGCGCAAGCUCUCCACCGAGACCUUGAUUGGAUACGACUCCCUGAGCGACACCACCUUCGACAACACCCAGUUCCAGAACCUGUCCAGCUUCUUCAUGGAUCCUCCCUUGUGGCGGCCCAACAUCGACGGCUACGUCCUCCCGUACGGCUACGGCGAGUCUCUGGCCCUUGAUGCGCACCUUGACGUGCCCAUUCUCACCGGUAACAACAAGGAUGAGUCGGGCGCCAGCACGGACCCCGGUUUGACGGUCGCCACUUACAAGGAACUCUACACCGAGAUGUUCGAGAACAAUUCCAGCCAGUUCUUCAAGCUCUACCCGGGCCAGACCGUCUCGCAGGCCAACAACAACUCCAACGAGUUCUACCGCGACCUGAGCCGCGUCGGUACGUGGCAGUGGUCCGUCGACUGGGCCGCCGGCGGCGCCAAGAGCCCUGUCUACACCUACUACUUCACCCGCUCUCCGGCUGAGAACAGGGAGUCGGGCGCGUACCACGGCUCGGAGCUUUGGUACACCUUCAACAACAUUCCGUACUCGGACUACUCCAACGUGACCUGGUACCCCUAUGAUUACAUUGUGGAGGAGCGCAUGUCCAACUACUGGGCCAACUUCAUCCGGACCGGCAACCCCAACGGCGAUGGACUGCCUGAGUUCCCGCAGAGCACUAAGGAGAAGAAGCAGACUAUGUGGCUCGGAAACUCUUGGGGAUCGGGGCCGCUCUCUGAGGAUGAUUCGCGCAUUGAAUUUGUGGAAAGCUGGUUGGCGACAAUGCCUGAGUGGUAGUCUAUUCGCUACCAGUAGCUCGUUGCCUACGACUGUAUAACUAGAGGAUGAUGAUGG